GCUCGCGCCGGUGUUCGGCUGUAUUCGGAUUUGUUCGGCUGUGUUCGGUUCGGUGUCCAGCUGUGUCCGGGUGUGUUCGGAUUUGUUCGGUUCGGUGUCCAGCUGUGUUCGGAUUUGUUCGGUUCGGUGUCCUGCUGUGUUCGGAUGUAUUCGGGUUUGUUCGGCUGUAUUCGUUUAUGCUCGGCUGUUCGGUCCGGUCCCGGACGGGGAUGCCUCCUCCUGCUGCUGCGCGCGGGGUGAGCCGGCUGGAGUCUGAGUGACGACAUCGGCCCAGAAGCAGAGCGAGUGCUGUUCGGCGGAGCGUUACGGGAGAUUUAGCUCCGCUCUGUGUUUUAAUUCUUCGUCUCUCCGCGGUUAAAAGGCGAAGUUGCCGCAGUGAGUGGAGCCGAGUCUCGGGGCGCUGCAGCUGAAGUGUCUGUAGAUCGGCCCGUAUCCGGAUCCCAGGACAGGACCUCAAUGAAGUGAGCUCUGAUGGACCGAAUGAAAAUUAUUAAGAGGCGUUUGUCGAUGAGCCUCCGCAGUGCUCGACCGGUGGACGAAAAUCUAUCAGAGCUCACAGAACACACAGCCACAGAUGAGCCACCGACGUCACGGGAAAAUGAGCCCAUGGUUUGCCCCGUGCCCCCUCCUGCAUCCCACAGUGCCCCUUCCUUCUUGAGACAGUAUGCAGGGGGUUUGGGUCGGGGCGCGAUCCGUAGAGACGGCCUGGACCGACCGUACCUCUCCCUUCACCGGACUGGCUCUCUCGGUAUAGUGCAUGAGAAUGUGAAGAUGGGAUCGGAUGGAGAGAGUGAUCAGGCUUCAGGCACUUCAUCUGAUGAGGUGCAGAGCCCUGUCCGGGUCCGCAUGCGCAACAACCAUUCUCGCCGUAUCUCCAACGAGGACAUUAAUAAACGCCUAUCACUGCCAGUGGAUAUUCGAUUGCCAGAGGGAUACCUGGAGAAGUUUGCUAUGAACAGUCCACCCUUUGACAAACCCCUGAGUCGGAGGUUACGGCGCGCUUCGCUGUCUGAAAUUGGCUUUGGAAAACUGGAGACAUACAUCAAACUGGACAAACUUGGAGAGGGCACGUACGCGACUGUGUUUAAGGGACGCAGUAAACUGACUGAUAGCCUGGUGGCUCUGAAGGAGAUCAGGCUGGAACACGAAGAAGGAGCACCCUGUACUGCGAUACGGGAAGUGUCCCUCCUGAAGGAUUUAAAACACGCUAACAUCGUCACUCUUCACGACAUCAUCCACACGGACAAGUGCCUCACCCUGGUCUUCGAAUACCUGGAGAAGGACCUGAAGCAGUACAUGGAUGACUGCGGGAACAUCAUGAGUGUUCACAAUGUGAAAAUCUUCCUCUUCCAGCUGUUGCGAGGACUAGCAUAUUGCCAUCGCCGCAAAGUUCUUCACAGAGACUUGAAACCACAGAACCUCCUCAUUAACGACAAGGGAGAGCUCAAGCUGGCGGACUUCGGUCUGGCUCGAGCAAAGUCUGUGCCCACUAAGACUUACUCUAAUGAGGUGGUCACACUCUGGUACAGACCACCCGAUGUGCUUCUAGGAUCAACAGAAUACUCCACACCUAUCGACAUGUGGGGGGUCGGUUGUAUAUUCUAUGAGAUGAUUACAGGAAGACCUCUUUUUCCUGGAUCUACAGUGGAGGAUGAACUUCAUCUUAUAUUUCGUAUUUUGGGCACUCCGACUGAAGAGUCCUGGCCAGGCGUCAGCACCAGUGAAGAGUUUAGAACCUAUAACUUUCCGCGAUAUCGGACCGAACCUCUCGUCAAUCACGCACCCAGGAUAGACAGUGAUGGCCAUGAUUUAAUUAAUCAGUUAUUACAGUUUGAGGCGAAGCGGCGUGUCUCUGCAGAAGAAGCCCUCAGACACCCGUACUUCAGGAGUCUGGGAGAGCAGGUGCAGGGACUGGCUGACACUGCAUCUAUCUUCUCGGUGAAGGAGAUCCAACUUCAGAAGGAUCCAGGAAAGCGUUCUGUAGCGUACUCAGAGUCGGAGAGAAGGAGCAAAGCCCACGCUGCCUCCUGCCCCCUCCUCCCCCUCUACUGGCUGACUCAUUAUAGCGCUCUGCCCAGGGGAAGUCCCGCAGACAGAGUGUUUUGUUUUAAGAAGAAGGCUGAUGAUAACGCACGUAAUGCACAAACAGAAUACUUCACCCCAUCUAAAGAAGCUAAAGAGUCUAGGAAAAACGACGGAGGAAGAAGAAGCUGAAUCUUUGCACCGAUAGACGGAUGGGAAGGAGUUCGUCUGCUGAGACAAUUCUACACUACUCCACACAAUCUACAAUCCGAAUUAGAAACUUCAGUUGAGAGGAAUAUCACAACACGACCUCCUGAUGGUAGAAGAGGGGUAUCUGCAGCUGGGAGAUACAAGGUUCUGCUGCUGUUCUUCUGUAGAGGAAGAGGACACUCAAACACGGUCAACCAGGCGGCAUCUUGGAAGACUCUACAGGGAGGGCAUCCUUUUCUUUUAUUUGCCUUUGUUUUUAUGAGAUGAGAGGCUAAGCUGCUUUUCAUAUUUUGUGUUAUUUCACAAGCCACGCCCCUUACCUGCACACGCCAGCCUCAGUAUACAUACAGUAUACCUCAUUCCUGCCCAGACCUCCAACAUUCCUCCCCCUGUGACUGUCCUGGUGUGUGUGUGUGUGUGUGUGUGUGUGUGUGUGCAGGAAUGUGUCUGUGUGUGUGUGUGGGAGUGUAUUGUCUGUAUAUUUGUAUUAGAUUACUGGGCAGAAGUCAGAGACCACCUAUUAUUUAUAUCCUUUUUAGUGAAAACGCUUAUAAUUUGAUGUUUUUAUGAGCGAUUUGUGAGAAGGUUAGAUAGAGACAGAGAGAAAUAAGGCUCCUGCUAGAACUGUAAACAGUAUUUAAACAGUAUUUAACAUUUGCUUUCUUUAAAGAUAACUAUGUGAGUCUGACAGGAUGUGGAGCUGCUGCUGUUCUCACAGGCGAGAGUCCAGAUCUCAGCAUCGAUCAGUGUAUCUAAAUUGUGGAAGUGAGGGAAAUGUCCUUUAACAGGGGUCGUACGGUCAUGAAAAACAUGGAAAAGUCAUGGAGUUUAAAAAUAACAAUUGCCAGGCCUGGAUAUGUUUUGGAAAAAAGAAAAAUACCCAGAAAGUUUUGAAAAAGUCAUGGAAAUUGUUUCAGUUUAUUGGCCGUUUUGGUUUUUAAAAAUAAUGAAUUGUUUGGGUAAAUCUGUCACAUCCCUUCGCUUUAGCUAUCUGUCUAUAUGGGUCCUCUUCAGCCUUGACUAUAGCUGUAAAUUCACUCAGUAAGAGAAAAUGCUGUUUUAAUGCUAUGCAAAAUAUGCAGAAAUGUUAUUCAGCUAGUAAAACGUGACAUUUCAAACAGCUUUCAAUUCAUUUUAUGCCUACUUGGAUUUUUAGUUUUUUGUUUCUUGCCAUGUCUGUACUAAAAAAUAUAUGGUCAGUAAAAUUGUCCACAAAGACAUGGAAAAGUCAUGAAAAAGUCAUGAAAAUUAAUUAUGUUUUAGAAUUAUUAGCAAAACUGUCUGUGAAUAAAAGAAAGGAACGGAAGAAAAAAUAUAUAAGGAUGUAGUAAAGAGUAAACUCAUACUAAAUAUUGAAACGUUUGAUAUGCGUAAAAAUGUUGAGGCUUCUCUGUGGUACUCAGUAAAGUGUCUUUUUUCUGAUCCUGAAAUAUAAACAACUAGGCCAUUUUGGAUGGAAAUGAAAUAAAUAAAAUGGUGGUCUCUUUGUACUGCACAGUAAUGCACACUCAAAAAAAUAUACCGUGGUGUUGAUAUACGGAGCAAAAUAUCUCAGCAUUAAAAUUAUUAAAUCUGUUAGAUCCAAAGAAUAUUCCAUUUUAAUGAAAGCAAAAAAAUGCAUUGAAAUAUUUCUGUUUUGUUCCAUCACCAGUUUAAUAUUAUGCCGAGGUAACAGGUAACAGUUCAUGAAAGGUCUUUUGAUUGAAUUGAUUGAAUUAGUGACAUCAUUUGUCAUAUAGAACUUAUUUUUUUUAGUGUAUGUUCAGAUAUUGCCUUUUAAUUUUUGCAGUAAUCCUCUAAACAUCCCUGACACAUGUCUCUCUUUGUCACACACACACACACACACACACACACACUGCUAUGAACAAACCUUUGGCACCUUAUGGAAGUUAAGCUCAGGCUGUAUUCAGUAAAUAUUACAGAACUAACGGCUGACCUCGGAGGACUGGAACCGAAAGAAAGUGCCGCUGAUUUCUCUGGUAAAGAACUAUGUUAUUUUUGUAGUGUGAACUGGAUGAUAAACACAGCACUUCUCACUCUUGAGCACACACUAACUGUGCAAACGUGGACACUAGCAUGUGCUUCGGGAUGAGUAAAGGUAUUACAGUGCUGAGUGUCCUGAGCAGUUUGGGAAUUAGAGUAUUGUUGUGCUCAUUAGAUGAAAGUGAUGAUAUUGAAACACAAGCUGUAGAUUCUCCCUCUAAUCCGGUCCAGUCCUCAGCUGUACCAUGUGACUGAUUUGUGGAACAGAAUCAUCUUUUCCUUCAUUGCUGUAGAAUAAAGGUUCUGCAUGAUCAAAUAGCGUAGCCAAGGAUUUUGGACAAUGUAGUCUCCUGAAGAAAUGCAAAUCAGGAGAUGGACUCCUUCAUAGUCCAGACUGAAGCCAUAGAUACUAGCUAAUAGACAUCAUAAUAAUAUUGUCUCUCAAACCUGUGCUAGCUUUGUUGUUUUGCAAUAAUUAUAAUUAUUAUUAUUACAUUGCAAAUAAUUUUUUUAGGCAAUAAUAAUUAAAAAAAAAACUUCAUUACACGCCACUAAAAUGUCAGUUUAGUUCCCGACUUUCCACUAGUUCACCGUUCACACAGAUGCAGGUUAGAGUUCAUAUGGAGAGUAAGUGUGUAAAUAUAAGGGGUGGAAGUCACAAGCCAUCUCACGAUACAAUACCAUCACGAUACGUCGGGCACGAUGACCAUGAUCUCGCAAUAUAAGUGUGUUGUCAGAUUUGGGGAGGGGCUAUGUUUUAAUAACAAUAUCCCUAUUUGACGCCACGUAUCGAUAAUAAUGUAUCGCAGACUGAAAUCUAAAAAUAUAUCGCAAUAUCGAUAUUUUCUCCCACUUCUAAUCAGUUAGAGCAGAGACUGAUUGGCACUGCUGAUUAAGAUCAUGUGAAUAAAACUAUUUAUUGAACGGUGAACAUAUAUACAUAUUUUGUAAUACUUUUUCUUUGUAAAAUAACAAACAUUAAUAAUAAUCAUCUUAGUACAGGAGAACAGCUCUGCCUUCUUUAAGUGCUGAAAGAAGAAGACAAAUAUAUAUGAGAUGUGAGAGAGAAGGAGAGAGAGAGAGGGGAGAGAGAGAAUGAGAGAGAGGGAGAGUUAGAUGGACAGGGAGAGAGAAACUCUAGGCUGUUUGUCCUUUAUCCCCGAUCACAUUACAAACCACAGAGUGUUUUUAACGGUUGAGUUGGCGUUUGGAGUUUGUAAAGGUUAAAGUGAAUUUUAACUAAUUGUUUACUUUUACUUGAAUUUUUGAAAAUCUAUGUUUACUGUGUUUAUUUUUUCUACAUAAUUACUUUUGCAGAAAUGACAUACAUCUGUAUAUACAGUGCGACCCAAAAGUCUGAGAUUGCUACUAAAAAUGUUGGGGUUUUUUUUGUACAUUAUUUUUUAUAAUUUAAUACAUUUUGUUUAAUAACCGAGGGUAGUCAGCAUAAAUAAAAUGAGAAGUGGAGUGUGCUAAAUAUUUACAUUUACUUUUUUUUUUUUACUUUAUUUUUUGGUAUUUCUGCAUUUUGCAUUAACAUUGCGUUUUUACACUAGUACUGACUUUCUGUUAUGUUCUGUUUAUUUGAAUUAACAUUUUUAUGUAGUCUUAUACUUUUGGAUCCCUCUGUGGAUGAGUUCAGUUCAGUUUAAAGUCACAAUGUGAAUAUUGGUUUGUAUUUUAUUUUUGUAUAAUACAUAUAACAGAUGUGAAGAAGUAGCAAGAGGGCAGCACUUUAGAAAAGCAUGAGCUGAAAUUCCAUUUUAAUGUUAAACAUUUACACAAUUUGUGUAGUUCUUGCUUGCUUGUUUUUUUGCUUGUUUUUGUUUGUUUAUUGGACUGAUUUAUUAUCAUGUGUCUUCCUUUGAAAGCUGGACAUUCAGCUUAUUAAUAAGAUUUUUGAUUAAGGCUACUGGCUCUUAACUCUCAUCUUUGUUGGUUCUGUAAAGAAGAUCUAAUCAGUAGAUUUCUUAGCUGCUAUCAGUACUGAAGUUAAAGUGACCAUGUUUUAUUUUUUAUAUUUUAUUUUCAUUGUUGAUUAAUGUAAAAAAAAAACUGUUUGCAUGAAUUUCAAAUAAUUAUUUUUCACAUAAACAUUUAAAUUUUUAGUAAAAAAAAACAACUAA